GGGCGGGGUGCGUCGCGCGGCACGAGGGAUCAGCUGUGUUCAGGUGUUUAUGUUCAGUCGUGUUGUGGACGGGGAGCGAGUAGAACGUCGUAUCCCUCUGUGGUGCAGUGCGAACUCCCGUGCUCUUGAUCUGAAGGUGUAGAGUCAAAUAUGUGUUUCCUUGACGUUUAGUGCUUCGCCCACAAGAUGCAAAACCCGAGCCAUAACAACGUUGACGACAAAUUUGGGAUGAAUUUCGGCGGUUUUGAUCCCGAGCUCUUUUCCGGGCCUCACAUGGGAGGUCCCAUGGGUGGGAUGGGCAUCGGCAUGAAGAGGUCUGCCCACGACGCAGGUCUGGACCGCGAGCCCCUAGGGUUGUCCUCAGACGACGACUCGGACCUCCUCAAGAAGGACGACAAGAUGCACCCUUCGUCGAGCAGCAGGGACGCGGUGCUGUCCCACCAGACCAACUUAGAGUCCCAGAACCAACCCAGCAAGCCUAGUCUGCUUCCCAACGGCAAAAAGACCAAAGGCCGUGUCAAAAUCAAGAUGGAGUUUAUCGACAACAAAUUGAGGAGAUACACCACGUUCUCCAAGAGGAAAACCGGCAUCAUGAAGAAGG